CCUGAAGCAUGCUCUUCUAAGCUCUGGGGAAAGCGCAUUAGAAGUGUAGUAAUGAUGAGGCUAAGACAUCCUCUCAUUCUGCAGUAACUGUUGUCACAGUGCUUAUCCUCAUCCGUGUUUGGACUAUCAGAGAAAAUGGCCAGCAAGUUAACAGAAGAGCAGAUCACAGAGUACAAAGGAGUUUUUGAGAUGUUCGAUGAAGAGGGAAAUGGAGACGUGAAGACACAGGAGUUGGAGAGACUGAUGAGUUUAAUGGGAAUCAAUCCGACAAAGAGAGAGCUCAACCAGAUGGCCAAAGAUGUGGACAAAGAUGGUAAAGGUAUAUUUAACUGUGACAGCUUCCUGGGUCUGAUGGCACUGUACCACCAAAGAACCAAGAACCAGGAUGCUGAACUCAGAGCUGCUUUUAAAGUAUUUGACAAAGAGGCCAAGGGAUAUAUUGACUGGAACACACUCAAAUAUGUACUGAUGAAUGCAGGGGAACCACUAAAUGAGGUCGAGGCGGAGCAGAUGAUGAAGGAGGCAGAUAAAGAUGGUGAUGGAACCAUUGAUUAUGAAGAAUUUGUGGCCAUGAUGACUGGGAACUUGUUCAAAAUGAGCUGAAGACCUUGUGGAUAUUCUGGAGCUGUUGUGAAAAUGGGUUACAACUAUAAAACAAGAGUAUCAUUUUUUGUUUUCAACAUAUUUAUAAUUGUACAAAUGGAAAUGUGUGCAAUCAUAUAUCUGUGUGAUUUGUGAAUAACUGUACAAAUCCUUCAUUUUAAAGUAAAAAAAAAA